AUGAGCAGGGCACUGCUGGCAGGCAGGAUGCAGCCGGAGAGCCGGAGCGUCUGCGUCUUCCUCCCCAACCGGGAGCAGCUCAGCCUGGCUGUCGGGGUCAAAGCCACUGGACAGGAGCUCUUUCAACAAGUUUGUGAUUUAGUGAAGAUUAAAGAGCCUCACUUCUUUGGCCUCAGCAUUGUUAAAAAUAAUGAAUAUGUUUUUAUAGAUCUGGAGCAGAAGCUUAGCAAAUACUUUUCAAAGGAGUGGAAGAAAGAGACCACCAAAGGAACAGAGAAAUUCAGCCCUCCUGUUGUUGCGUUCUUUAGAGUACAAUACUAUGUAGAAAAUGGAAGAGUAAUAAGCGAUAAGGUGGCACGGCAGCUCUACUACUGCCAUCUCAAAGAGCAAGUACUUAUGUCUCGGUGCAAUCACAAAGAAGAAAUCUACUUCUUGCUGGCUGCCUACAGCUUACAGGCAGACUUGGGCAACUACAGAGAGAAGGUCCAUGCUGGCAAAUAUUUUGAACCUCAGGCCUAUUUCCCGCAAUGGAUAAUUGCAAAGAGGGGGAGCGACUACAUCUUGAAACAUGCCCCAGAGAUGCACCGAGAACAGCAAGGGCUGAGCGCUAAGGACGCGGUGCUGAAGUUCAUUAAGGAGUCCUGCCUGCUGGAAGAUGUGCCCGUUCACUUCUACAGGCUACAGAAGGAUAAGAAGGAGGAUCGCCCGACGAUUAUCCUGGGCCUGACCCUGAGAGGAAUGCACAUCUAUCAGGAGGUGAAUCAUGUUCGUCAGCUCCUCUACGACUUUCCCUGGUCACACAUUGGGAAGCUGGCGUUUCUGGGGAAAAAAUUUGAGAUCCAGCCAGAUGGUUUGCCCUCUGCACGGAAACUGGUUUACUACACGGGUUGCCCCUUCAGGUCACGGCACUUGCUGCAGCUCCUCAGCAACAGCCACCGGCUCUUUCUGAAUAUCCAGCCGGUGCUGAAGCAAAUCCAAAAACUGGAGGAGGCUGAAGAGAAGAAGCGCUACCGGGAGUCCUAUAUCAGUGACACGCUAGACAUGGACCUGGACCCCUGCGAUAAGAACUCGCGUGGCAGCGGGAGCAGCGGCGGCAGCCGGAGGGACAACCGUCUCUCACGCCAGUCCACAGGGAGCCAUGGCAGCUCUCACACAUCGGGCAUCGAGGCUGACUCCCAGCACCGGGUGUCAGUGGAGAUGUCAGUGGAUGAGCCCUUCAGCAUUGACCGGGUGCAUAGGAAAGAGAAAUCCUGCAGCUCAACCAUCAGCUAUGGUAGCUCUGGCAUUGACAGCGGCAGCAAGGGGCGGGCUGAAGAUGACUCUCAGGAUGAUGAGCUUGAGCUGGCAGUAGAUGAGCCAGAGGAGGUGCCUGUAGAUGAGCCUUUAGAGGGAGACCAGUUAGAGGAGGCCACUGUGGGAGAAUCUGUUGAAUCUCUUCCUCUAGAUGCUACUAGUUGCCAAGCUAUAAAUCAGGAAUCACUGUCUGUGGUGCAAGUCACACUAAUAAAAAUGAGAGGCCAAAGUGUGGAAUCCCUUCACCAGGUCAGAUCAACAAGAAGCAGGAGCUGCACGGACCAGCACAGCCAGAGUUUGGAUGACAUCCGCCUUUACAAGCACCAGCACUCACCACUAAGUGCCACGCUGUCUUCAGACACAUCCCACAGCUACACGUUUGGCUGCAGCCUGGAGGAUAAGCUGUCUGUCUAUGGCUGCGUUUAUUCCACAGCAGACUGCAAAACCAAGUCUGCCCUUUAUGGGAAGCGAUCUAUGAACUGCCUCUCCUUGGAUCUCCUGGGAGAAGACCAGCUCCCGGAGGAGUUUGUGGUGUAA